UGACAACAACCACACUGCAUAGACCACUUGGCUGAUCCCCUACAUUCGGACUAGAGCCCAAUGUAGUGCCUUUUCUCGUCUGCCUCACGUGAAACUAUAGCUACCUGGAGUAUAACAGCUCAGUUGCAUAUCCAUGCAUGUCCACCAGCCGGACUUUUGCAGCAGCGACGGCCUCGCACCAUGCCUAAUGGAAGAUCUUUCAGCCUAUCAGUUUAUCAGCUCGGCCCUAGAUUUGACGCCGAUCGACCACCGAAAUAACUCACCACCAUGCAAAGAAAAAAUUACAAAAAAUGGCACAAUCUGAGGCCCUCUGACGAACAUAAGACAAGCGGACACGCUUGGCGAAUUCACCUCUGACCCAAUCUCCGACUCACCAGCGCACCUCCACCAUGAGCGUGGCCGCCGCGCAGAGCCUAACUCCAUGGUACCGGCGGGGCGUGGGACCAGCCCUCCGAACGACCGCGCUCUUCAUCCUGCAUCAAUGGCUACUGAUCGGGAUCGGGGUCGUCUGCGUGCUGGCGUACUACUUCCCGGACGUGGCGAAGAACGGCGGCACGAUCCGGUCGGAGUAUAGCGUGCUGUACGGGGCGAUGGCGGUGAUAUUCUUGAUCUCGGGGCUCAGCGUGCCGCGGGCGAAGCUGUUCCUGCACCUGUUCAACUGGCGACUGCACACCCUGGUGCAGGGGUUCUCGUUCCUGGUGAUGCCGGCGCUGAUGCUGGCCAUCGUGCACAUCAUCCUGGCGGGCGACCCGCAGCAGCAUAUCGACCGCGCCGUGCUGGCCGGCUACGUCUUCCUGGCCUGCAUCCCCACGACCAUCGCCUCGAACGUCGUCAUGACGCGCUCCGCCGGCGGCGACGACGCCGCCGCCCUCGUCGAGGUCAUCAUCGCCAACUUCCUGGGCCCCUUCAUCACCGCCGGCUGGACCGUCGCCCUGCUGCCCGCCGACCCCGCCUUCGACCCCUGGCGCUCCGCCAACGGCGACCUCUCCGCCAUGUACCGCGACGUCUUCAAGCAGCUCGGCCUCGCCGUCCUCCUGCCGCUGGUCGUCGGCCAGCUCGUGCGCUGGUCCUGGCCUGACCGCGUCGCCGCCGCCCUGCACACCUACAGGCUGCCCAAGCUGAGCACCGCCUGCCUGCUCCUGCUCGUCUGGACAACAUUCAGCACCGCCUUCGCAACAAAAGCCCUUCAAACCCUCUCCUCCCAAACAAUAAUCUUCACCACAACCUUCAACAUAGCCCUCUACAUCUUCCUAACAGCAGCCUGCUUCCUCCUCUGCCGGCCCCCGACCUUCCUCGCAGCCCUAAAAAUCUCCAUCCCCGUCCCCGUCCCCGUCCCCAGCCGUAUGCACCAAAAAAAGCACGAAUUCCGCCCGUUCCGCCCCCUCCCAGCCAAGGAAACCAUCGCCGUGUGCUUCUGCGGCCCUGCCAAGAGUACCGCCCUCGGCAUCCCGUUGUUAUACGCCAUGUGGGGCCCGCUGGAGCUCUACCUUAAGGCUAAGACCUCCGUGCCGGUGUUGUUGUUUACCACGGAGCAGAUUUGUGUGGCGCAUUUUUUUGUGCAUUUCUUUCGGGCGUGGAGGGCGCGGGUUGAGGAUGGUAGUCUAGAGGAUGGGGGUGGGGAGGAUAUGCGGAGGGAGGUGGAGGGGGAGAGAGGGGAUGAGGAGAGAAUGGAUGGGGAGGAGGGGGAGGGACUCGGGGUCGGGAAAGAGGCCGUCGGUGUCCAGACGGGGCCCCGGGCCCAAGGUUGGGUUGAAUAG